AUGGCCUCUCCCGGGCUGCCGCAGCCCCCGGCCGAGGUCUCGCCCUGGCCUCUGCGUCUGCUGCACGCGCCUCCCGGGCUGCUGCGGCUGGACUCCACCGGCGGAGCGCUGCUGCUGCUCGGCCUCGCGGCGCUCCUCGGCUGGAGCUGGCUGUGGCGGCACCGGGCGCGGGGCAUCCCCCCCGGACCCACGCCCUGGCCCGUGGUGGGCAAUUUCGGCUUCGUGCUGCUGCCACCGUUCCUCCGACGGAAGAGCUGGCUGCAGCGCCGGGCGAGGGCCGCAGGAGUGGAGCCCUCGGCCCUGGGCCCGCAGUUGUACCUGGCCGACCUGGCCCGCGUAUACGGCAACGUCUUCAGCUUUUUCAUCGGCCACUACCUGGUGGUGGUCCUCAGCGACUUCCAAAGCGUGCGCGAGGCGCUGGUGCAACAGGCCGAGAUCUUCAGCGACCGCCCGCGGGUGCCGCUCGUCUCCCUCGUAACCAAGGAGAAGGGGAUUGUAUUUGCACAUUAUGGUCCAGUCUGGAGACAACAGAGGAAGUUCUCUCAUUCAACUCUUCGUCAUUUUGGCUUGGGAAAACUUAGCUUGGAACCCAAGAUUAUUGAGGAGUUUAAAUAUAUAAAAGAGGAAAUGCAGAAGCAUGGAGAAGACCCCUUCAACCCUUUCCCCAUUCUCAACAAUGCUGUCUCUAACAUCAUUUGCUCCCUGUGCUUUGGCCAGCGUUUUGAUUAUACUAAUAGUGAGUUUAAGAAAAUGCUCAAUCUUAUGUCACGAGCGUUAGAAAUCUGUCUCAACACCCAGCUCCUCCUGGUCAACAUAUGCUCCUGGCUUUAUUAUCUUCCCUUUGGACCAUUUAAAGAAUUAAGACGGAUUGAAAAGGAUAUUACCACUUUCCUUAAAAAAAUCAUCAAAGACCAUCGAGAGUCUCUGGAUGUGGAGAAUCCUCAGGAUUUCAUAGACAUGUACCUUCUCCACGUGGACGAGGAGAGAAAAAAUAAUAGCAAUAGUAGCUUUAAUGAAGAUUAUUUAUUUUAUAUCAUUGGGGAUCUCUUCAUUGCUGGAACUGAUACCACAACUAACUCCUUGCUUUGGUGCCUUCUUUAUAUGUCACUGAACCCCGACAUACAAGAAAAGGUUCAGGAAGAAAUUGAAAGGGUCAUUGGUGCUGACAGAGUCCCUUCCCUCACUGACAAGGCCCAGAUGCCCUACACAGAAGCCACCAUCAUGGAGGUGCAGAGGCUGACUGUGGUGGUGCCACUUGCCAUUCCUCAUAUGACCUCAGAGAAAACAGUGCUCCAAGGAUAUACCAUUCCUAAAGGCACAAUGAUAUUACCCAACUUGUGGUCAGUACACAGAGACCCAGCCAUUUGGGAGAAACCGGAUGAUUUCUACCCUAAUCGAUUUCUGGAUGAUCAGGGACAACUUAUUAAAAAAGAAACAUUUAUUCCUUUUGGGAUAGGGAAGCGCGUGUGUAUGGGAGAACAGCUGGCAAAGAUGGAAUUAUUUCUGAUGUUUGUGAGCCUAAUGCAGAGUUUCACAUUUGCUUUACCGAAGGAUUCUAAGAAGCCCAUCCUGACUGGAAGAUAUGGUCUAACUUUAGCCCCACAUCCAUUUAAUAUAAUCAUUUCAAAGAGAUAA